GCGGGCAGCAGAUCCCGGAUCCGGAAUUUCCACUAUAGGAGCGGAAUCAGGAUCGGCCCUGGCCCAAACCGGGUUCAGGGAGCAGCUCACGAACUUGGAUUUGGAAAUCCCGGAACCCGGAUUAUUAGAACCCGGAAUUUAGACCGGAAAAUCACGGAGCUCGGAUCGCGGAGCGGAUUCGGUGCGAAGCCCGGAGUCCGGAUCACAACACUGCGGGACGGGACGGAGCGAUGUCUGGUCGUGGCGCGGGCGGGUUCCCGCUGCCCCCACUGAGUCCCGGCGGUGGCGCCGUGGCCGCGGCCUUAGGGGCGCCGCCACCCCCCGCGGGACCCGGCAUGUUGCCCGGACCGGCGCUCAGGGGACCAGGGCCGGCUGGAGGCGUGGGGGGCCCCGGGGCCGCCGCCUUCCGUCCCAUGGGGCCCACGGGCCCCGCAGCGCCAUACCAGCGGCCAGGCAUGUCUCCAGGGAGCCGGAUGCCCAUGGCCGGCCUGCAGGUGGGACCGCCUGCCGGCUCCCCUUUUGGCACAGCUGCUCCACUUCGGCCUGGCAUGCCACCCACCAUGAUGGAUCCAUUCCGAAAACGCCUGCUCGUGCCCCAGCCUCAGCCCCCGAUGCCCGCCCAGCGCCGGGGGCUGAAGAGGAGGAAGAUGGCGGAUAAGGUUCUACCUCAGCGAAUCCGGGAGCUUGUCCCCGAGUCUCAGGCGUACAUGGAUCUCUUGGCUUUUGAGCGGAAGCUGGACCAAACCAUUGCUCGCAAGCGGAUGGAGAUCCAGGAGGCCAUCAAAAAGCCCCUGACGCAAAAGCGGAAGCUUCGCAUCUAUAUUUCCAACACCUUCAGUCCCAGCAAAGCUGAUGGUGACAAUGCAGGAACUACAGGGACCCCCGGGGGAACCCCGGCAGGGGACAAGGUGGCUUCCUGGGAGCUCCGAGUGGAGGGCAAACUGCUGGAUGAUCCUAGCAAACAGAAAAGGAAGUUUUCUUCCUUCUUUAAGAGCCUGGUCAUCGAGCUAGACAAGGAGCUGUAUGGGCCCGACAACCACCUGGUGGAGUGGCACCGGAUGCCCACCACCCAGGAGACAGAUGGCUUCCAGGUGAAGCGGCCUGGAGACCUCAAUGUCAAGUGUACCCUCCUGCUCAUGCUGGAUCAUCAGCCACCCCAGUACAAGUUGGACCCCCGACUGGCCAGGCUGCUGGGCGUGCACACGCAGACGAGGGCCGCCAUCAUGCAGGCCCUGUGGCUCUACAUCAAACACAACCAGCUGCAGGACGGGCACGAGCGCGAGUACAUCAACUGCAACCGCUACUUCCGCCAGAUCUUCAGUUGUGGGCGACUCCGUUUCUCUGAGAUUCCCAUGAAGCUGGCUGGGUUGCUGCAGCAUCCAGACCCCAUUGUCAUCAACCACGUCAUUAGUGUGGACCCCAAUGACCAAAAGAAAACCGCCUGCUAUGACAUUGAUGUGGAGGUGGAUGACCCACUGAAGGCCCAGAUGAGCAAUUUUCUGGCCUCUACGACCAACCAGCAGGAGAUUGCCUCUCUUGACGUCAAGAUCCAUGAGACCAUUGAGUCCAUCAACCAGUUGAAGACCCAGCGGGACUUCAUGCUCAGCUUCAGCACCGACCCCCAGGACUUCAUCCAGGAAUGGCUCCGCUCCCAGCGCCGGGACCUCAAGAUCAUUACUGAUGUGAUUGGGAAUCCGGAGGAGGAGAGACGAGCUGCUUUCUAUCACCAGCCCUGGGCUCAAGAAGCAGUGGGGAGGCACAUCUUUGCCAAGGUGCAGCAGCGCCGACAGGAACUGGAACAGGUGCUGGGGAUCCGCCUGACCUAACUGCUCAGGGAGCCAUCCUUCCCUGCUCUGAGCAGCCUUGGAAGGGGACCUCUGGGUCUUGGCUGGGGCUGUCCCCUACCCCCAAACAUGUAGGAUAAGGGUGGGGUGAGGAGUGUCUCCUGUCACCCUCUACUCCCGCCUUUAGUUUCAUAAACGACGUAGUGGUAGGAUUCCUUGUUGCUUGGGUCCCCAAAGCCUUAUUACUUUAUGCAUCUGCUUUCCUUGGGUUCCUACAGAUGCCUCUUCUGCCCUCUGCAGGCGGGCCCCAGAAGGACAGCUGAGGCAGUGCUAGGGCCAUGUAACUGAGACAUUUCCAAACCAAAGGCUGCUGGGUUUGCAUGUUUACAGACUCCCCUUUGGGGCUCUUGGCAAGGAAGGGGGCACAAGCCCAGAUGCUUCCGAGCCUUCCUAAACCAAAGUUCUUUGUCAUUCCCUCAAGCCCAGCCUCACUGCUGGUUUUCUUCCUUUCCUUUGGGUAUUUGCACUAAUUGGGAAGCAGGUUUUUCUAUGCGGGAGCCACUUUUUUUGUACAGGUUAAGUUGGGGGUGUUCAGGGAGCCCUUAUCUGGUGCCUCCACCCAUCUUCUUUCCUUAAUCUAUGCAAGCGGCUCUGGCCGCCAUCAUCUCCUGGGUGCCAGAGGGCUGUCACCCCAGCUGUUUGGGCCCAGGGAAAUAUUGCCUCGUAGGCAGAGGGGACAAGGUGGUGGAGGGGGAGGAGUGGGCCCAGGGCUUGGCAAGUGCCACUUCUGUUCUGGCAGGUUGGAAGUUUCUGAAUAAACCCCUUUGUUUAUCGCU